AAUGAAUGUAAGGCAAUUUGGGAAGUACUAAUUGGCAAGAUUGAAGAAAUCAUCGCUAAAUAUGAAAGCAGAGAAUAUCUUCAUAAUACUAUAUCAGUUCCAAGCAUCCAGCAUAAUCAUAGGAAGAAUCUAAAGCAAAGUCAUAAGAAUGAAGAUAGAACUGAGUGCUAUUAUGUAAAAAGGGAAACAGUAGAACAAGAAGGAAGCUCUAGGUCUAACGACGAAACCUGA